UUUAUUAUGGAAAAACAUAUAAUUGAUUAUCUUAGAACAAAUGAAUAUCGAAGUUGGAGUGUCCUAAGUGUUUUACAAUAUUUGUCUGUUAAUAUUAAAUACACGAAUGACAAUAUCGAAGAAAUUUCUCGGAUAUUACAACAACAAUUAGAUGUAACAUUACAGGAUCCCAAUAUUUUCAAGUUAGCGCGAGAUAAAGCAAAAAAACUUUCAGAAAAUUUAGCAUUAGAUAUAAAUAAACCGGAAGUUCAAGAAUUUUUUAAGCGUAAUGCUCAGCUUAAGGUAGAAUUAAAAUGGAAAGAUGAGGAUUUGAAAGAAAAAGAUAGAGAGAUAAAGAAUUUAAAGAAUAAAUUGAUUGCUUCAAAAGUUUUUAUUUCAGAAGAAUUAAGCAAAGUUAAUCAAGGGAUGAGUGAUUGGACAAGGCUUAAAAAUGCUCUAAGAGCUGAAAAAUACAAAUACCCUAAAGUUGUAACACAACAACUGUUUAAGGUCUUAGAAAGGUUAGGUUUGACGCUUAAAGAAUUUGAUAAUUUGUUAGAGCUAAAAAUAGAAACAAAGUUUCCUGAUGAUUGGGAACUAACAAAACAGGCGCUUAUAAAAAUCAUGGUUCCUCUUGAAAUGUGGUUAUUGUUGCAGCUAGCUCAAGAACCGUCAGAAAACCAAAUGAGGGAGUUGAUGAAUCCCAUUAAAAGGAGUGAUUAUGAAUAUUUUGUCGCUAGGAAACCUAGUAAAACAACAAGUGCUGACGUGAAAAUGGAAUUGUUUACUCAGAACCAGAUGGUUGAUAAAGAAGCUAGACGAUAUAACUUUGCUAGCGGAAGAGAACGUUAUAAUGGAGCUUCCCUACCUCAAGAUGAGUUGCUAACCGAUGAAAGUAGUCGUUGA